AUGUUCUUCAGAAAGCCAUCACCAACUCCACCAUGGAAAACAAAAUCAGAAAGCUUCUCAAAAUCCAAAGACACCCACAACAACAACAAUCACUUCACCUUCAUCACCAAUAACCAAUUAAGGUACACUCUCUUUGCAUGUCUCUUCUUCGCUUCAUGGUUCCUCAUACUUCACUUCUUGUCCCCACUCACCACCACCACCACCACCACCCCCACUACCACCAUCACCACCCUACAAAAAAACACCAAAACCGCCGCCACAUGCGAUGGAUCAGGACCAUUCUACAUCUACACCCUUCCCCAACGAUUCAACCUCGGACUCCUCAAACACUGUCAAAACCUCAACAUCUACACAAACAUGUGCCCCUAUGUAGCCAACAACGGCCUCGGUCAACCUAUCUCCGCCGUCACAACCACCACCACCACCGCAUGGUACGCCACGCACCAAUUCAUAGCCGAGAUGAUAAUCCACGCAAGGCUAGAGAACCACCCGUGUCGCACGUGGGAUCCCAACAAAGCACUUUUGUUUUAUAUACCCUUCUACGGUGGGCUCCACGCUUCAAGCAUGUUCCGCGAGGCCAAUCACACACUCCGCGAUUCACUGGCCGUUGAUCUAAUCUCCUUCAUCAAAACUCAAACGUUCUUUAACAGACACAACGGAAACGACCAUUUCCUUGCCCUGGGGAGAACCGCAUGGGAUUUCAUGAGAAAAGAAAGUGGGCCCGACUUCGGAGCCAACAUCCUCCUAAACCUGCCACCUGUCAAAAACAUGUCGGUGUUAACAGUGGAGAGACAACCUUGGAACGGGUCAAACCAAAUAGGUGUCCCUUACCCUUCUUACUUUCACCCAACCACGGUCACCGACAUGGUGACGUGGCAAAACAAAGUGAGAGAAGCGAAGAGACCUCACUUGUUUUCGUUUGUUGGCGGGAAGCGCAAGGGGUUAGAGAAAGCGAAGAUUCGAGACGAGAUAGUGAAACAGUGUGGUGAGUCAACUCAGUGCGAGUUGGUAGAAUGUGGUGGUAAUGGGAAUGGAGGUAGCAAGUGUUAUAAUCCAAUGGCGGUGCUUGAUGUGAUGAUGAAAUCUAGGUUUUGCCUUCAAGCACCGGGUGACUCGUUCACGAGAAGGUCAACGUUUGACUCGGUGUUGGCUGGUUGCAUACCUGUGUUCUUCUCGCCACACACAGCUUAUAUGCAAUACGCGUGGUAUUUGCCGCAAGAGGCGCGUGAGUAUUCGGUUUAUAUUGAUGAGAAGGAAAGUGGUGUUGCGGGGAAGAGGAUUAUUGAGGAUGUGUUAAUGAAUGUUUCGAGUGAGGAAGUUAAGAGAAUGCGUGAGGUUGUUAUAAACUUGAUUCCGAGGAUUACCUAUGCACACCCCAAUGCGAGUGGUGGUGGUGGUGAUGUUGGGUUUAAGGAUGCUGUUGAUGUUGCACUCCAUGGACUCUCUCUGCUCGUUCGGGAUAAAAUUCAGAGCUCCGGAAGCGCUGAGAUUUAA